UCUUUAAUAGAAAGUAAAGAAAAUGAUACAAAAAUUCCCAGAGAAGCAACAAAUGAAUUGCCAAAUCCUGGGGAAAUUGCUGAUCCUUCCUUAGUUUUUUUUCAAGAAUUACUCUUUAAUUUAAAAAUUAGGUCCCCGUCCAUCUCGAAAAGCCAGAAUAUCGUCCAGUUGCAGUAAAUAAUCCAAUGCCUGUAGUUACUGAAAAUCCAAGAGAAGAAUCUACAAGUAUAUCAACAACAAUAAUUAAUUUAGGGGAAGGGGAAAAAGAAGAAAAUAAAAUAAUUGAAGAAAUAAUUACAACUACAACUACAACUACAACACCUAGUGAAGGAGAACAAACAGAAAUAACAACACUUAAACCUAAAGAAGAACAAAAAGAAGCUGGAAAGGAAGAAGAAACAACUGAAGAACCAAAAUCUGAGAAAAAAGAGGGAGAAGAAAAAGAAGGAGAGGGUGGGGGAGAGAAUAAAGAGGAAGGGGAAACCCCUCCUCCAAAGGAAAUUAUUACUUCAACUCCACCAACAGAUAUAUUAGAAACAACAACUUUGGAAGAACAAAAUAAUUUAGAUGAAGAAGAAUUAAUUAAAUUAAUGACAGAAGCUUUAAAACGUUCAAAUUUAGCAAUUCAAAAUGUUACUUUAAUAUUACCUGGGGAUACAAAUCCCACAUUAUUACAAACUUUUUUACAGACAUUAUUAAAUAAUAACAAUUUAGUAAAUGAUCAACAAAAAAAUAAUUUAAUGCCUGCCCCUCUUUUUCCUUCAAAUCAGUUUUGGCCUCCAGCAGCAAAUAUUCCUCCACCCAAUACGGUUUAUACUUCAUCAUUUAAUAUUCCCCAACAACACCCAACACGUCCUUUUUAUUUAAUUAAAGUUGAACAAUUAAAUGAUUGGAUUAAAUCUGGUAAAAAUAUAAAAGUUUUGGAUGCAAGUUAUGACCCAGAACCUUUACCUAUUGAUCAUAUUAAAUUUUAUUCUGAUUAUUAUGCAAAAUGGGAUAAACUUUUAUUGGAAAAGAGGAAUCUUCAAUUUGAACGUUCACAUUUAGAGGGGGCAAUUCCUUUUAAUUUAAAUAUAGCAACAUAUCCAAGUUGGAAUGAAAGACAAUCAUUAUAUUCCCCCCAACUUUUCCAACAAUAUAUUCAACGUUUGGGGAUUGAUCAAAAUGAUCAAUUGGUAAUUUAUGGGAGAGGUCCAAAUGGGGGAAUGUUGGAAUCAGCACGUGUUUGGUUUUUAUUUAGAAUAUAUGGACAUGAAAAUGUGGGUAUUGUAGAUGGGGGUUUGGAAGCUUUACAAAAUUCUGAUUUUGAAUUAACUAAUGGAACUACAGAAAAUAUUAGUUUGGGUAAUUGGACAGCUAAAUUCAGAGAUGAUUUAUUAUCUACUUUUGAAGAAUUAACAACUGUAGAUAAUUAUGGUUAUUGUAUUUUGAGUAGAUUAUUUUGGUAUAAUUUUCUCGAUUCGAGGCCUAGAAAUGAAUUUUUUGGAUUAUCUGGAAUUUAUGGUAAGCUUAAAAAUAGGGGGGCAAAAAGAUUUUAUUUCAAGAAUAUUAGGAAAUGA